AUAUAUACGUUAUGUAUAUAUAACGUUAAAAACAUAACCUACAAAGUUCUAAUACCCCAGAAGUUCGAAAUCUAAUAUUGUGUGAUAAAUUACUUACAUAUUCAGAAAUAAACAAACUUUAUAAAAUAAUAUAAAAAUGGGAGACAAAACUGAACCAAAACACACACCUGGAGAUGGCAUUCGUUCAUUAAAAAGUACACCAAUGUUCCGAGCAAUCAACUAUGAACUCUACGUCAAGCCAAAUAAUGUUGUAAUGGCUCUUGGAGUGAUAGCUAUGACUGGAUGUGUGGGUUAUAUACUAUACAUGAGGUCUAAAUAUGAAUCAAUGGGCUAUUACACAGCUGUUGAAGCAGAUGGAAAAGAGACUUUCAAAAAGAAAGUAUCAAAAUGGUCUUUAUGAUUAAAAUUCAAUUUUUGUUAGGACAAUUAAAAUUAUUUAUUUUAAGAAAUAUUUUUAUCUACCUACUAGUUUUAUUAUUUAUAAAUAGAAAAAAUAAAAUAUUUUGAACUUUUAUGCUUUUUAAACAAAGUUUUUAUUAUUUAAACUUUUAUAGGUGUAUUUUACAAAACUACUAAAAUGUUAUAUUAUCAAUACUCAACAGAAUUCUCAACUAAAUAUCAUUUAUAAUUUCCUAAAUUAUAUCUAAGUUUCUAUGAAUAUCUCAUAACAAUGUGUAUAUAGUGUAUAUAGCAUUAAACAGCUGCAAUAGUUGCACUUAUACAGAUUCAGGUCAUAAUAAAUGCAGGAAUAAUUAACAUUGACUGAUCCCUUGCACUUUAUUGAUUGGAUACAUUUUUCAACCUUUCAAACGAUUUUUUUUGCAGUCUAUUAUUUUUAUUCUUUAAAUAUCUUGAUAAUAAUUGUAAAGUAUUUUUUAUCUCAAAUAAACAACAAAAUUAUAUAAAUAUAUUAGUGACUGCCUUCUUUACAAUUGGUGUUUUAAUUUCGAAAGUAAAUAAAAAAAUCAUGAGUAAUAUUAAUCUAUGAUUGGCAGUAUUUACUUAUUGAAUUCUUAAAUGGAACUUUCUAUUAUUAUUAUCACCACAUGUAAAGCAACAUUAGUAAAAAUAGAUUGUGGUAUUUUAUUGUUAUUGUUUUGUUUGACACACCUGUACUUUUCUAUUUAUAAUGAUAUUUUGCAGUACUCUAACAGUUGAUUAUAAGAUUUAAUCUCCUAAAUACAUACAGCCUAUAGUUGCUUUGGGUUCUUUUUGAAAUACAUAAAAUUA